AUGAAAAACGAACAACUUGGCAACGAAAUGAAUAAUAGUUUUGUCUCCUCAACCAUCUCAAAUGCGGUUUCCAAUUUGAGUUUCAAUUUCAACGGUACUAUCAUAUCUAUCGGUGCUAAUUAUACCGAAGAAAUUAUCCCUUAUAGAGAAAGGCCGGAGACUUACUUUGUUCCGAUACUGUUUCUAAUUAUAUUUGUAGUUGGUGUCGUUGGAAAUGGAACGCUGGUAGCUAUUUUCAUCAGACACAAGAACAUGAGGAAUGUGCCCAAUAUGUACAUUCUGUCUCUAGCCCUGGCAGAUCUACUGGUAAUCUUAACUAGUGUACCGUUCACAUCGAUCGUCUACACCAUGGAAUCAUGGCCCUGGGGAGAGUUGAUUUGCAAACUGUCUGAAUUCGCCAAGGACAUAUCCAUUGGAGUAUCAGUAUUUACUCUAACAGCUCUAUCUGCAGAUAGAUUUUUUGCUAUAGUUGAUCCACUGAAGAAGUUCCAUACGAGUAGUGGCGGCCGACGAGCGACACGCAUCACGAUCUGUAUCGCAGUCUCCAUAUGGAUAGUUGCCAUAAUCUGUGCUCUGCCUGCCGCUCUAGCCUCCCACAUAAAGGGAAUCCCCGAGGAGAAUUCCCAAUUUUUCGUGUGCUAUCCGUUUCCGCAUUGGCUGAACGACAGUUAUCCUCAAGUAAUGGUCGGCAGUAAAUUUCUCAUCUUGUACGUUAUACCGCUAACUAUCAUCGCUAUUUUUUACUUGAGCAUGGCCGCUUCUUUAAUUAUGAGCACCAGAAACGUGCCUGGAGAGAUGCAAGGCAUGCACAGACAGAUCAGAGCCAGAAAGAAAGUCGCAAUUACGGUAUUGGUUUUCGUUGCGAUGUUUGCGGUGUGCUUCGCUCCCCUGCACGCAUUCAUGCUCUUCUUUUACUUCCAUCCCAGGUCCCAGGAAUUAUACAACGCCUUCUGGCACUAUUUGCGAAUAGUUGGAUUUUGUCUGUGCUACAUCAACUCUUGCGCCAACCCCAUCGCUCUGUAUUUCGUUAGCGCCGCAUUUAGAAAGUACUUCAAUAAGUACUUGCUGUGCAAAAAGCUCAACAGAUCCAUGUCUCAUAGUUACCCGAACCAAAGAACGUCAAUGUCAUUGGUUUCGAUGAAGAGGAACCAAUCGAUGAUGAGCAGAAAAGAAAAAUCGAUAAAUCGCAGAUUGCAACCACUGAUAGUUCAGGAAACAUCUGUAAAUUUAUUGGGUAUGGGAAAUGAGCAAAUUUGCAUCAAUCUUUGA